AUGAACUUCAAGGAAUCAAUAGAGAAUCAAAAUGACGGCGUCUUUGCACUCGCUAAGCACGUGAUCGCCACCGCCGGAAAAGACUCUAACGUCGUCUUCUCCCCUGCGUCAAUCAACGUUUCCCUUAGCUUCAUCGCCGCUAACUCUUUUGACACCAUCAAGGACCAGAUUCUCGAUUUUCUUCAUGCUUCUUCCACAGACGAACUUAAUGGGACGGGAAAAAAAGGGAACUUCAAAGAAUCAAUAGAGAAUCAAAAUGACGGCGUCUUUGCUCUCGCUAAGCACGUGAUCGCCACCGCCGGAGAAGACUCUAACGUCGUCUUCUCCCCUGCGUCAAUCAACGUUUCCCUUAGCUUCAUCGCCGCUAACUCUUUUGACACCAUCAAGGACCAGAUUCUCGAUCUUCUUCAUGCUUCUUCCACAGACGAACUUAAUGGGGUCGCAUCGCAAAUAUUAUCCGUCAUCCUCGUCGACGGUAGUGAGAAAGGAGGCCUGGUGAUCUCGGCCGCUAAUGGCGUCUGGCUCGAAAAAUCUCUCUCGGUCGAGCCUUCUUUCAAGGAACUUCUGAAGAAUUUCUAUAGCGUUGCUUUUAAUUCAGUAGACUUUCGCACCAAGGCUUCUCAGGUGAGCGAGGAGGUGAAUUCAUGUGUUGAAAAGCAGACAAAUGGUCUCAUUACUAAGAUUCUUUCACCAACUCAUGUUCCUUCUUUGACUGAUGUCAUAUUUGCAAAUGCGUUAUACUUCAAUGGAAGAUGGCAAGACAAAUUCGAUGCAUCGCUAACCAAAGAAGACUACUUUCACCGUCAUGAUGGAUCCAUGGUUCGUGUUUCAUUCAUGACCAAUGAAGAGGACUUAUGGAUGUGGAGGAUUUAUGUUUUUGAUGGCUUUAAACAUCUUAAGCUCCAUUACCAAUCAGGAACAGAUCGCGAUGAUCAUAGGUAUUUCUCCAUGGAAAUCUAUCUUCCUGAUGAAAAAGAUGGAUUGGCUGCUAUGUUAGAGAGUUUAGAUUCUGAUCCUGGAAUCUUAAGUGGCGAUACGUCAGGCGACUGGUCGAGUAUUGGUAAACUCAAGGUUCCAAAGUUUAGUUUCUCUACUGAUUUUGAAGUCACGGAAGCUCUCAAAGGCUUGGGUUUGGAGUUGACAGCGCAUAAGGUUUUCCAUAAGUCUCGCGUAGAGGUGGACGAAGAGGGAACAACAGCAGUAGAAGCAACUGUUGUUGGAGGAGUCGGGGGAUGUGGACCCGCUAAAAGUAAGCAUGAUUUUGUGGCUGAUCAUCCGUUUCUCUUCCUAGUCAAAGAAAACAUGAGCGGACUUGUUGUGUUCCUUGGUCAAGUCCUUGAUCCUUCCAUCACUAAUUGA